UAACAAGAUGUUUUCAUACUUAUUUGAAAUAUAUUUUUCUUCCUGUUUAAACAUUGUUCCCCUCUAAUUUUCACAAAUCAAACUGUGCAGCCAUGUUAGCAUAUGAGGUUUGGUAAGCAAAAUUCACCGGUCAAUUUGUGUAGUUUGAGUUGAGUGAAAUGCAAAAUGUAGGAGAAAUGGUGAAAAUAAUAAUUUUUUUAAAAGAUUCCCCUUGGCGAUUAUUAAUAACAGUGAUACGAAAACUAGAAAAGCCCCCAAAACUAAAAGUUAAAAAGAUCUCACUUUUGAGUACGUGAGGUGAAGGCGGGACCAGCAAGUUACCAUGCCCUGCCUCUGCCAUAAUUAUCUUUGCAAGCCAGAAGGUGCUGUGUCAGUUCACUGAUCAGCAGUGUAUUGUGACAUGAACAUUUAUUGGAGUGUCUUGACUAUACAAACUAAAUGCAAAAAGCCUCAAGAACAACAUGAACAAGUAUCUUCAUUAUUUAUUAACUGCGAGGAGCUCAGAGCGUGGUUAUGAUCCAUAUAAUCCCGAGCUUCCUAAACCUUUGACCCAGGGAGAGAAUGGUGCUUUGAGUGACAUUACAGAAUCUACCCCUAGCAUUCUGCAGUUGGAGCUGGUUAACAAGGCCAUUGAGGCAGUCAAAAAUGAAGUUGAGAGAGAACAGAAAAAGUAUGAGGAACUACUAGAGACGACAAAAGAAUACAGCACAUCUGAGGCCUCUUCGCUUAUUCCCCAAACACCCGUGUCAUCUGCUGUGACAAAAACAGAUUCCUUUACCUCCUUAGAGUAUAACCCAGGUAGCUAUAAUUUGAAUAAUAACACGGACUACAACCCUACCCCUUUGACUGCUGCUUGUCGAUCAAGUAAAUACACCUUGGAUACGACAAAAUCCAAAGGUAGCUCACUGGAAUAUGUUCCCAAGGCUGUAGCUCAGACUAAAAAAUAUAAUAAUGCUGUUUCUAACAAUAAGUAUGUGAUUGAUGACUCUAAGCCUAGUACAGACUUGGAAUAUGACCCUCUUUCCAAUUACUCAGCGAGACUUCUGAGCAAAGCCAGCACAAAGGAACAGAAGGGGACCAAAAGAAGUAGGAUCUCUAAUCAUGAAGAAUCUUACUCUCCUUCCUGCAAGAAGUUUUGUAAUGUAUCUGAUGACUAUGAAACGGAUGCCAGGUUUUCUGAUUCUGAAGAUGAUGCUGACUUGGAAUAUCGGCCAACCUCUAGUCGUUCACAAACUAAAGUCAGUUCUGAAAGCAAAUCAAAUGAUGACUUAUCCAGCAAAGAGAAGAGUACCAAACUGGAAGACCUAAGUUCCCGGGAGAUGAAAGAAAUGGCUGUGCAGUAUGACAUGGAAGAUAUUGAAAGUUCAAAGAAAAAUCUGGUUAAACAGUUGUCAGAAAAGUCUACAAAAGUAGUGAAGGUCGAGUCUGGCACAAAAGAACAGAACGUUCAGGACAAAAACAAGGAGAUAUCAAAAGACAAAACAAAAAAGAAAAAAACAGAUUUCAAUAAGCCUUCCAGCCAGAAGGAGGUAGGUAAGAAAGACAAAAGUAAAAACGCUGAGAAGGAGAGAAUAGUCAAGAAAGAAGAAACAAUAAAAACUAAAAGUGAAGAGAAAAGUAUCAAAGCUAAAACUGAUGGGAAUUUGAAAAAACCCGAAAAAAAAUUGGAAAAGGUAGCUAAGAAAGAGAAGUCAAAGUCCACUGGCUGUUUGGCUAGUUUGGGAAAAAGCAAGAAAGAAGGCCUCAACAAAAGUUCUAGCACAGAGAAGUUGGGAAGUGGGAAGAAGGACUCCAAGGUAAAAUCAGCCGAUUUGAAGAAUGGCAAACAAACAUCUAGUGGCAAACACAAAGGGGGCAAAACUUCAUCUGAGAAACUGAAAGAGAAGGGGAGCUCUGGAGAAGUUAGGAACUCCAAGAAGAAACCAAAGCAGGGGACACUGAGUCAUGUUGACCUAUUUGGAGAUGAGAGUGGGGAGGAGGAUGACAAGAAGCGAAAACGGAGGGCGGCCACCUGUCCUAAUGUGAGCUCGGACUCUGAUGUAGAUGACUGUAGCUUUGGCUCCCAGAGUAAUGACGAAGGGACAAAGAAUGUUAAAUGUCCCAAGCUGUCAAGGUCGUCUUCCUCCUCUUCGACUUCUGAUAUUGAUUAUUCCAUCCUGGAGCGAGACUUGGAUUAUGAUUCUGACCCCAUGGAAGAGUGCCUCAGGAUUUUUAAUGAAUCCACAGAUGUGAAAACAGAAGACAAGGGAAGACUAGGGAAGCAGCCAUCCAAAGAAGAGGGAAGUGAAGAAAAGACAGAGGAUACUUUAACUACUCUAUAUCCUGGCCAGAAAAGAAGGAUCUCCCAUCUUACAAAGCAAGGAAAUGCAGAUGUCACAAGCAAGCCCGUAAUCCGGCCAUACCGCCCACCAACUGCCCAGGAGGUUUGUUACCAGAGGAUUCAGCUGGCACAGCAGCAGGCAGCACAGCUGGCUGUGGUAGUUCAAAAGGCCUCUCUUUCUUUGCCAGGAGAAAAGAGGAGGAUUGCUCACGUGCCAAAUGCAGCCCUUACCACAGCAGCAAAACAGACUCUUGCAUGUAAGAAAAUUACUCCAGUUGGCAGCGUUCCACUUCCCAACAACUCUGAGACUUCUGUUCUUGCUCUGAAGGCCCGUACACUAGCUGGGAUGGCAUCUAAGACCAGUAGCACUAACAAACCAAAAAGGAUAGCUCAUGCUCCUUCUCUACAGAGCACUACCUUAAAGAGGCCAGUUAUUCCCACAGAGUUUGGUGCCAAAGUCCCAACCAACAUUCGCCAAAGGUAUCUCAAUCUCUUCAUUGACGAGUGCCUGAAGUUCUGCUCUUCUGCACAGGAGGCGUUUGACAAGGCUCUGUCUGAGGAGAAGGUGGCUUAUGAGCGCAGUACCAGUCGGAACAUCUACCUGAAUGUAGCAGUGAAUACGUUAAAGAAGCUCAGAAGCCUAGCACCCAAUUCCCCAUCUAGCGUAAACAAGGCAAGUAACAAGAAAGUGGUGUCCCAUGAAGCCGUACUAGGAGGGAAACUUGCUGCUAAGACCAGCUUUACGCUAAAUCGGUCGGGGAGCUUGCGGGCAGAGGAUUUAACAGGAUCUGCCUUGUACAGAAGACUGAAGGAAUAUCUUCUGACAGAGGAGCAGUUGAAAGAAAAUGGGUACCCAAUGCCACAUCCAGAGAAGAUGGGCCGUGCUAUUGUUUUCACUGCAGAGGAGAAGAAAACAACUGACUCUUCAUGCAGGAUAUGUUGCCGCUGUGGUACCGAAUACAUGGUCUCCGCAUCAGGGAACUGCAUUCGCAAAGAGGAGUGUCUCCAUCACUGGGGAAGGUUACGCAAGCAGAAAGUGCCAGGUGGAUGGGAGACUCAUUAUAGCUGUUGUUCAGGAGCUGUGGGUUCACCGGGAUGCCAGGUUGCUAAACAACAUGUCCAGGAUGGGCGGAAGGAGAGCCUUGACGGUUUUGUGAAGACUUUUGAGAAGUUGCCUACUACUGAUGGCUAUCCAGGAAUCUUUGCGUUAGACUGUGAAAUGUGUUACACCAAGCAAGGGCUGGAGUUGACGAGAAUAACUGUGAUCAACUCUGACCUGAAAGUGGUCUAUGACACCUUUGUCAAACCUGACAACAAAGUGGUGGACUACAACACCAGGUUUUCAGGUGUGACGGAAGAGGACCUGGCAAACACAAGCAUUACUCUUCGGGAUGUCCAGGCUGUUCUACUGAACAUGUUCAGUGCAGACACUAUUUUGAUAGGGCACAGCUUGGAAAGUGACUUAUUUGCACUAAAGUUUAUCCAUUGCACAGUGGUGGAUACAUCGGUCGUCUUUCCCCACCGACUGGGCAUGCCUUACAAACGAGCGCUUCGGACGCUGAUGGCAGACUACCUCAAGCGCAUCAUCCAGGACAAUGUGGAAGGGCACGACUCCAGUGAGGAUGCCAGAGCUUGCAUGGAGCUGAUGAUCUGGAAGAUCAAAGAAGAUGCGAAAGUGAAGCGAUGACUCGUGCUCUUUCUCCUGUUCCUCCUUCACCUCUUUGAAGCAGUGCAAUAAAUGCUCAGAGUAACACUGUUCACCUGUACCCAGCAGCAUGCAUAUCCCAGAUUCCCCUGUGCACUUGUAGGUAUCUAUGAAACUUAGAGACUGCUGCUGGCACAGUGGAAGGGCAUGGGGGCACUGCUUGCAGGGUUCACAUGUCCAGGUAGUGGCUCUUUGAUCCUCUCGGCUUCACCAGAGGGAUGUUCUGUGAGGCAGUAGUUGCCUUGUGGGCACAGCAAGGCAGCUUUGAGUAGUAUAACUAGAAAGCCUCCUUAUUCCGUAGGAGAAGCUUUUAGAGGCCCAUUGGAUACAGCUGACAGUACCUUUCUGUGAUGUGUAGAUCACUUUUUCUUGUUUCUAACUUAUUUGGAGAGUUGCACAGCUUUUGCCUCCAAGUAUUGAGGCAAUCAGUAGCUGGAGGAUGGGGAAACAGACCAAGGGAGGCUGUGAAACAGGUGAUGCUAUGUGAUCUGUGGAGAAGGUGGUGAAUGGAGAAUCGGGUCAGCCAGAGGGGGGCUAGAGCAAAGACCCACUGCAAAGGAGAACGCCAGCGUGAGAGGAGACGCUGUCUCUGAAAGGCAGUGAAGUAGAACAGCUUGGCUCGGAGGAGGGAAGGGGGUUGGCUUUCCUUGAAUGGCGGUAGCCCCACAGAUCGUCCUAACAAAUGCAGGUCUCAGUGUGGAUCUCAGAUGGAUGACCAGCAAACUGGAAGGUGUAAAAGCCACAAGUGUCCACACUCCCCAGACAGCAAGGGGAGUCCAUGGCUGCUGGCUCUUACACAACCCAUUUUUGUGAUCAGCAGGAGGUGGAUAGGAUAGCAAGGAAAGGUCUGAGGCCAUAGUAUAGUGUAUGGCUGUCAAGGCAGGAGGCACUUGUUGAGGUGGGGUGCACUGUUAGGGGGCAGUUUGUAUUCUGUCAUUGAUGCCUUUGUGAUAUCUGGCAAACACCCCUUCUUUUACAUCCUCUGGGUGCCGUGGUAUGACGGUGUCAAUUGACCCCCUCUGCUCACCCCGCCCCCUCCACAACGGUUUGCCAGAGUCUUGGUCAUGCUUGUGCGUCAGGAGUGAGGCUCGGGGGCUCAAAGGAAGAGCUGGAUGCUGCUAGGAUUGCUUGUUACUGAAUAUGCAAACAUCAGGGGCUCCCUGCAGACAGAUCUCUUCUGCGGGCGGUUUGUGCUGACUUUAGCAAGGUUAAAGCAAUAGGUGAAAAUAAUGUUUUUAUUAAAACUGGUUUACACAAAUUGGGUUUUUAAAUACCCACAGUUGUAUCUCUUCUCUAUCUGUCCCCCUUUGCAUAAACAUGUUUCUGUGAUGUCUCGGUAUAUAUAUUAUGCAGUUAUGAAUGAUGAUGCUAAGGCGGCAGUUUGGGUAAUAGAGGCUGUGGUGCUCCGACUUUUUUUGUGUAGCAUGUUGACGAUGCUCCUUUUUAGUUUUGUUUGUAUUGGGGAUCAACCAAGCCUGGGAGAAAGUCCUUGUCUCAACGCCAAAUCUUUUUUGCUCCUAGCUGAGGUCGGAGCAGCAACAGAACCCAGAUGUCAUUGGGUUUUGGGAGGGCAGAAGAUAGCCUUAAUAAUAGCAUCCCCUUGACUGGUGAAAUGACACCAAACAGAAUGGGAAGCUGCUUAUCCUACAUGUGUUUGGUUUGUUCCAGGCCUCUCCACUCCAGUGGGUGUACUGUAGGGUGAGGAACCCCUAUGUACAUGCCCAGGGCUUUUCCUCCAGUGCUGACCAAUUUGAGCCUUAACCUAUGGUCCCAGCGAAGGUGGAGCAGCUCCGUGGUCAGGUGACAGCGUGGUACCAUGCAUUACAGCAAUGCAUCCUGCUGAACUGCUCCCCUUCCUAAACCACAGGGUGGCAGAUGUGAAGGAUGAGCUGUGUACCACCGCAGAGGGGGAAAGACGCUUCUGCCCCUGGAAAGUAUAUCACUACUUUGAAUUCAGUAAAUGCCUGUUCGUGGAUUACUGCCUCCCGACAGACCUGGUGACCCUGCAGCUUCCCCAAACUGCCAGCCAUCUUGCAUCUACUGUAUCCCUCCUCUCUGCUCCCUCCAACUGGGAAAGUGUCAGAGUGAAGCUGGUUCUCAGUUUGCAUUGUUGCCCCUAGAAAGUGGCCCUCAUUUCUUUUGAGUGCUAGGCACCAGACUCACUCCCUGCCUGACGGCACAGUUAGCAGCACUAGUGUGCCCCAUUGCUAAUAUACUGUGCCCCAGCAAACUACACUUUCUUUGCCAAGUACUUUGAGUUGCUGAAUUUUGUUCUUACUGGGUUUUGUUGGGCAUGGAUGUGAAUGGGUCAGCAGAUGACCUCUGAUCCUUUUCCCCCCACUCCUUGCUGAUACCACACCUGAGACACUGGGCAGUAACUUGCUUUUAGCAAUGCUGAUCUUGUGCUCUCAGCUGCUUGGUUGGUGGGGGAGACAAUUUGGCAUUUCCUAAUGAAGAACAUAGUUCUUUGCUCCUCCUCCCCUCCCCACAGCAAAUGCAGUAAUUUAAGCUUCCAGUUUAGCCUGUAUUUAUUGCUGCUGAGCAUUCCCUUGUCAAAGGUUAGCACAGGAUGUUACAAGGCUUGGUCUAAUUCCAGGGAGAAGCUGGCAACCCAGCUGUAGACAGGAGCAUAUUGCUCUAAAGCCAGAGAAAGGGGAGGCAAGCCUACAGCCCCCCUGGAACUGAAACAAGCUGCACUAAGCUCAGAAGUGAGGCUGGGAAGCAGUGUUUGGUUUCAAAGCUGGCUCUUGCCUUCAGGAUUUUCUUUACCAUUUCACUUUCCCUUCAGGUUGUUAAUGAAAAACCACAUCUCUGUUUUUUUCACCUCCCCCUUCCCCAGGGAGGAUGACACCCCUGUUUUUUCCAGUGCAGAAAGGGGUUUAGGACACACAUGUUGCAUGAUUUCUCAUCCAGCCCCCCAAGCUGGGCGAGUAAGAUAAGGCUCACACAGCCCAUGAGAGGGCACAGGUCCAGCUUCCCAGGUGUCCGCAUGUCCCUCCAGAGGGCUAGAGGACUGAUUACUCUGCCCUCUUCCCCUUAGGAAGGAUGGCUUCAACCAGGUUUCUGCCAGUGGAAAUGGAUGAAUAGCUUCCACUUUCCCCACCUUUUUCUGUGGCCUGUCAUGGGGUAAAUCAAGUCCUUGAAUGUCUAAAAUGCAGUUGCUUGGCUGUGUUGGCAGGAGGGUGUCAUAUACCUCUCAUCUAGGUAUUAGCGAAAGGGAGAUAUGCACAUUUCACCUGACUUCAUACAUCUUGUUGAAGCCCACUGUAAAUCCCUUUCCUGUAGCAGCCACCAGGUGCCCGCCAUCGACAAACUGCUUCAGUUCAAGCCUUUUGUAGGACAAAUGCAUUGUAACUUGCACCAUCCCCACCCCAUCCCGUGUGCUCGCUCCCACCCCUUCCCAGAAGGCAGCGCCGUGGCCUGUGGAUGCCUGUGCAGCUGAACUGGUUGGCACAGCAGUUCCCCCAGUCAGCAGUGCACUCUGGAACGUAUUGGACGCUGUAACACUGUAAAAGCAAAGGUAUAAAGUGACUAGAUUUUGGGGUUGUCUGUAAGUAUUGUAACCUGUUCCUUUUUGUAAUAAUUUUUAAUAAAAAGGUGUUGACUAGA